AUGUGGGCCUUGGGGUUCUCUCAGUUUUUUGCCAGUUCUCAGCGUGCUAUUGGAGAUUCCAGCUCAGUGGAACUGGUGACCAUGCAACAUGAGAAGAGCAAGAAGACCUUAGAUUUUGCAGCAAAUGUGUGGUUAUCUCUGAUCCAAGCCGAUGCGGAUAUUGUCUGUGAGCUUCCUGUAGUAAAAGGAGGUCAAGCUAUUUUUCCAUUAGUGAGAUACCAUGUUGAUGUCCAUACUGGGCAACUGGAGCAAGCAGGAACUGAGUCUGCAGUGUCCCUUUGUCUAUAUGGAGAGAGGGGGGAUUCUGGUCUUAGGGUCCUGUACAAAUCGAAUAUGCCAGUAAAAUUUCAAAGAGGACAGAUUGAUACAUUUCAAAUAGAAGCAGUGUCACUUGGAAAACUGCAGAAGGUGCUGUUGCACUGCGAGGCCAGUGACAAAUCACAGUACUGGUACUGUGAAAAAGUCGUUGUCAGAGAACCUGGUACAACAUCUGCAUUGGUCUUCACCUGUGAAAGAUGGCUCCCCUUUAUGUCUCUGGGCAUAAUUCAUUCAGAAAUUGAACUUUAUCUUCAAGAAAUGCAAAUAGAUCAUCAACCUAAAAUACAAGAGGAAGCAAAUGAAGGAGACUGGAAGGUGACUGUUGUCACUGGAGAUCUUGAAAAUGCUGGCACUACGGCAACAGUGUCCCUUCAUGUCUAUGGAGAAACUAGAUGUUCAGGUCCUAUUAUUUUGGGAUCUGGGAAACACCAGCUGUUUAACCCUAACAGUGCAGAUAUAUUCAAGAUUAAUCUUAAGGAUAUUGGUGAAAUCUAUAAAAUACGUAUUGGACAUGACAACAGUGGAAAUGAUCCCAAGUGGUAUCUGGAAGAAAUUACACUUGAAAAUAUAGACACUCAUGAGCUGUUUUGUUUAACUGUUGACUCCUGGAUACCUGAAAAUGAAAAUGAAGGCAAUAUCUGGAAAGAAAUGCCCAUUGUGAGAAUUAACAAAGCACCUUUGCCAGGUAAUGGAUGGUUUCUUGAGAGUAUUGUCGUCAAAUCUGAAGAGGAAGAUGGCAAUCAAGAAGUGCUGUUUUCAUGCAACAGAUGGCUAGAUGAGUACCAAGAUGACGGAAAGACCGAGAGGGAAUUGCUUGUGCAAGAUGGCAAGGGUGUUCCAGGAAGUCUGGAUCUUUGA